AAGGAAACUAUUGUAUAAUGCAUCCUCAUCCCUGUGCACACACAGACACACACACAAAAGUUUCCUCUGAGGUCCAGGGGAUUCUUUAAUUUCUCGUUCUAACAUUCUCUCAGUCUGGGAAAGGCAGAAAAGUUGAGACAUUUUUCACAUUUUUUACAAAAUUCUUCUCCCACCUGUGUCUAAAACUUGGAGGUCACUGUGGGUGACAGCCAGUAGUGACAGGCAUUUUUUUUUUUUACGUCAGUGGCUCGGCCACUCGGGUUGGUACGCUUUUUGUGCUUUUUGUUUUUAUCUUUUCUUUUUCUUUUUCCUGGGAAUAAUAUUAUCAGGUAGAGCUAUUUUCCUCUGGUGAUACCUAAAACCUACAGAAGGGAAAGCUGGAAAUGAAGAGAGUCCUCUGCGUGCUUCUUGGCAUUUGGCUGGCUACUGUUGACAGAACAGAUCUGGUGAGUGGAUAUUCUAUGACCCCGCCUGUUCUGGACAUCAACACUGACGAACUUGUGAUCAACACAAAUGACUCACUGAUGCUCACCUGCAGGGGGCAGUGGCCUCUGCAGUGGACCUGGCCUGGAGGCAUUGUAGAAUCCAACAAGGAUGACAAGGACUCAGAAAUGAUUGUGAUUGCCAAUGGCACUCGCAGUGUUACAGUGGAGGAUUGUGACGGAACCCCAAGUAAACCAUACUGCAAGAUCUUCAGAAUAAUAGGUUCCCAGGCCACUGACUCUGGCACCUAUUUUUGUCACUACAGAUACAUUGACUCAAAGGUCAAGGGUACUACUGCUGUCAGCACUCAUGUCUUUGUCAGAGACUGGGAGCAACCAUUCAUCAACCCUGUUGGGACCAUAGUAAUAAAUAAGGAAACAGCCAGAGUGCCAUGCCAAGUAUCUAUUCCAGACCUCAAUGUUACUCUGCAAACGCAAAGCUCAAUAAUUAUUCCAAAUGGGAAGAAUGUUAUAUGGGACAAUAAAGAAGGGAUGAUCCUCCCUGCAGAGCUGAUAAGAGACUAUUUCUUAGUCCAGUGUGUGACCACCAUAGAUGAGAAGGAGUUUACAUCAAAUUAUUUCCUUAUUCAUUUUACAGGAUACCAUUUCUAUGACAUGUACCUUUCUCCCAAAGACAAGAUUGAGCUCCUGGUGGGAGACCCACUAGUUAUAAACUGCACUGUGAUUGCAGAGUUUAAUACAGCAGUCACCUUUCAGUGGGAUUACCCUGGCAAAAAGAAUAACCGCUUAGUGACAGAGCACUCCGAUCGACUACCCCAAGAAGACCACACAGAAAUGUUCAGUACCCUCACUGUACCCAAUGUAAACCAGUCAGACCUAGGAAAGUAUGUGUGCCAUGCCAUUAGUGAGAUGUGGAAAUACCAGGAGAGCAUCGCAGUCAUUGUACACGAAACACCUUUUAUUUCUGUGGACACCAAGGAGAACACAGUCACUGAAGCCACCGCUGGAGACAAGUUGACAAAACUAGCAAUAAAAGUUUCCGCUUACCCAACACCUACGUUUCAAUGGUUUAAAGAUGGAAGGCCACUGAGCAGCAAUGGAAAGUAUCGUCAGUCAUUACAGUCUUUGCAGAUCAGAGAUGUGGUGGAGCAGGAUGCUGGGAGAUAUACGCUGGUAUUGAAGAACCAGCAAGCUGGACUACAGCAGUGGGUCAGUGUACGACUGGUGGUGAAUGUUCCACCACAGAUCCACGAGAAGGAGACUUCACCACCAAAUAUUUAUGCCCAAGGUAGCCGACAUGUCCUGACCUGUACUGUGUUUGGGGUACCAGCUCCAACAUCCAUCCAAUGGCAGUGGCGGCCAUGGACACCGUGCAAGAUGUAUGCACGGCGCAGCGUGCCCCACCAUUCUCCUCCCCUCAGGCAACAACGUGACAGAAUGCCUGAGUGCAAAGACUGGAGGGACGUAACCUUGGACAGUGAUGUGAACAUCAUUGAAAGCAUAGAUACUUGGAACGAGUUUGUGGAGGGGCGGAAUAAGACUGUAAGCAAGAUGGUGAUACAAAAAGCCAAUUUAUCUAUAAUGUAUAAAUGUACAGCUUCCAACAAAGCCGGCAGAGAUGAGAGACUUGUAUACUUUUAUGUGACAACAAUUCCAGAUGGCUUUGCGAUUGAUCCUGAGCCCUCGAAGGAACCGAUAGAGGGUCAGAACCUCAGUCUGAGCUGCCAUUCAGACAAAUACACUUACGAGAACAUGCAGUGGUACCGACUGAACCUUAACGCAUUAAAUGGCGCAGAGGGAAACCCGCUCGUAUUAGAAUGUAAAAACGUGCAUCAGUAUGCCGACCGCAUGGAAGGAACAGUGCAGCAUGAAGAAGGGUCAAGUAAUGCAACUCUGAUACUCAACAUCCCCAACCUGUCCAUAAAAGAUGAAGGGGCCUAUGUCUGCGAAGUGCAAAACCGUAAAACUCGCGAGAAGCAUUGUCAGAAGAAGUAUAUAUCAGUGCUUGCACAGGAAGCCCCAUAUUUUCGCUUUAACCUGACAGACAAGAUGGUGAAUGUCAGUGACUCCAUGGUGAUGCAAUGUGAAGCAGACGGGGCCCCCAGCCCUAGCAUCCUUUGGUAUAAAGACAGCAAGUUAGUGGCAGAAGUAUCAGGAAUAGUACUGGGAAACCAGAAUCACACACUGAGCAUUCAGCGAGUCCGGGAAGAAGACGCUGGUAUAUAUCUCUGCACCGCAUGCAACGAGAAGGGAUGUGCAAAUUCAUCCGCUGUUGUCUCCGUUGAAGGAGUGGAUGACAAAACCAAUGUUGAGAUUGUGAUUCUCAUUGGCACUGGAGUGAUAGCGGUUUUCUUCUGGAUCCUCCUCAUCCUCAUCUUCUGUAACAUUAAAAGGCCCAGCCAUAGUGAGAUAAAGACUGGAUACCUUUCCAUCAUCAUGGAUCCUGGUGAAGUGCCUUUGGACGAACAGUGUGAAUACCUCCCUUAUGACUCAAGCAAGUGGGAGUUUCCCCGAGACAGACUGAGACUUGGUAAAGUCCUAGGACAUGGCGCCUUUGGUAAAGUGGUAGAGGCUUCAGCUUUUGGCAUCAGUAAGAGCAGCAGUUGCGAGACAGUGGCAGUGAAGAUGUUAAAAGAGGGUUCUACCGCCAGUGAACACAAAGCUUUGAUGUCAGAACUGAAAAUUCUCAUUCACAUUGGCAACCACCUCAACGUAGUCAACUUACUAGGAGCUUGUACCAAACCCAAUGGACCACUCAUGGUUAUUGUGGAAUUCUGCAAGUAUGGCAACCUUUCCAAUUACCUGAGGACCAAACGUGAUGGAUUUAUUCCUUACCAGGAGAGAUCACCACGAUCCCGUAGCCAGGUCCGGUCAAUGGUGGAAGCCGUCAUAGCUGACAGGAUGAGCAGAGAAGGGGUCAACGAAGGAGCCGUUUUUGGCAGGCUUCUGAUAACCAAAAUCCAGAGUCAAAAGACCACAGAAUUGAAAGACUUGUGGCAGAGUCCUCUUACUAUGGAAGAUUUGAUCUGCUACAGUUUCCAGGUGGCUCGUGGUAUGGAGUUCUUAUCAUCCAGAAAGUGCAUUCACAGAGACUUGGCUGCCCGGAACAUCCUGUUGUCUGAAAACAAUGUUGUAAAAAUCUGCGACUUUGGUCUGGCCAGAGAUAUUUACAAAGAUCCUGAUUACGUCAGGAAAGGAAGUGCCCGUCUCCCUCUGAAGUGGAUGGCGCCAGAGAGCAUUUUCGAUAAGGUUUACACUACUCAGAGUGAUGUCUGGUCCUUCGGGGUGCUGCUAUGGGAAAUCUUUUCACUUGGGGCCUCCCCUUAUCCCGGAGUCCAAAUCAACGAAGAAUUCUGCCAACGUCUGAAAGAAGGAACGCGCAUGCGGGCACCGGAGUAUGCAACAUCAGACAUUUAUCGGAUCAUGUUAAGCUGUUGGCAUGGAGAUCCUAAGGAGCGACCAACAUUCUGUGACCUGGUUGAGAUUCUGGGUGACCUUCUUCAAGAGAAUGUACAGCAGGAAGGAAAGGACUACAUCCCACUCAAUGAUUCCCAGAGCUCAGAGGAAAUAGACUUGUCCCAGUCACCAAUCUGUCCCCAGAGCAACUCAGAUGAGGAGGAAUGUGACAUGAGACUGCACUGUCAUAACCUGGCUGUGAGGUAUUACAACUGUGUUUCUUUUCCUGGCUGCUUCACUGGAGGCAACCAGAUCCGAUGUCCAUCAAGACUGAAAACGUUUGAAGAAUUUCCAAUGACAAAUGUGGCGCAGAAAGGUCACCCAGACAAUCAGACAGACAGUGGGAUGGUACUGGCUUCAGAAGAACUGGAGAGGAUAGAGAACAGACACAGAACAGACGGCGUGUACAGCAGUAAAAGUUCCCAUAGAAAUAAGGUAACUACUACACCAAGCUGCUCCUCUCUCCAGAACAGGAGUCAGUCAUCAUAUGCGUCUUAUGGUGGAGGGCAGACAUUUUACAACAGUGAAUAUGGAGAGUUGUCAGAACAAUCGGAGGGGGAUAGCUUCACACCCCCUGGAGGCUCUGGCAGUCCUGACCUCGUCCAUGCUUCUUUCUUCUCUGAUGAAAACUGAGGAGGACCUUACAACUGGAACUAGGCCCAAAGCCACCAUAAAGGCCUAAGCUUUGUUUCAUCAUAAUCAUAAAUUAUAAUAUCUGCCUUAUAAAAAAUAAAAGAGGAAUAAGGCCCUCAAUGGCCUCUGAGUAACCGAUACUCAGGACUACUCUGCUUCUGCAGAACAGAGACUGGAGAGUUACAUAAAACAAGUACCAAUAUGGACAAUGUGAGAGACGUUAACAUGUCCUGUUUUCCCAGUGCUCAGAAUUCAGACUUGGACACAAUAUUACAGACGUCAUUUUAAUUCCAUGAGAAAAAAAAUGCAUUCACAAUGUCUAUAUUCAGUAUUUUUGUAUCCUUUCUGCGAAUUGGUCAUUGCUUUUGUCAUGAAAAUAAUAAUAAGAUUUUGUUGUAUACCUUACCUAAAGCUGCAUUUGUAAGCUGUAAACUCCAUAAUGUUAUGUUGACUGUAAAGGACGAUGUACUAUGAACAUAUCUACCAAAAUUCUAUUAAAAGGAUGACUGGUAGAUCCCAAUGUAAUAUUGUAAUAAAUACUUUAUGAAUAGCUGAAGAUAAAGUAGAUCUCUCGCUUAAAGAUUUUAUCCAGCCUUAUAAAACUGAUGCAAAAUCAAUAUAUGUAACUUUAUGUGUGCACCCAUCAUUGUUGACCUUCCAUACGAUCUGUCACUCAAGCUGCAGAGUACUACUUGUUGGCGGCAUGUAGAACUUUUGCUAAGUAAGAAGUUGCUUCAGCACUAUGGUAGGCUUAUAAUCGUUCUCUUUAUUAGCCAAAAUCUUUACGAAUCAUACUUUAUCUUACAUAGCACAAGCUAAAGUGUUGUGUAAAAUGCAAGACAUAUUUUAUCCUUAAAGGGGUACUCCGCCCCUAGACAUCUUAUCCCCUAU